GACCAUGCGGAUAUUGAGUGGAAGUUUGCACGGACGAAGCUCUGGAUGAGUUACUUUGAUGAAGGUGCCACUCUGCCCCCUCCUUUUAACAUCGUUCCAAGUCCCAAGUCAGUCUGGUACCUUUGCAAGUGGAUUCACAAUCAGCUGUGCCCAGGCAACGACUCUGACAAUGAACAGAAGAGGCAUGAAAACCUCAAGACAUUCACAGAACGGCAUGCCGACAACCUGAUUCAGAAUCAACAUUACCAGGAAGUGAUAAGAAAUCUUGUGAAAAGAUACGUUGCAGCAAUGAUAAGAACUUCCAAAACCAACGAAGGUUUAACUGAAGAAAAUUUCAAGGAAUUAAAACAGGACAUCUCAAGUUUUCGCUAUGAAGUUCUUGACCUCUUAGGAAAUAGGAAGCCCCAGAGGAGAAGUUAUUCUACCAGCAGCACAGAGGUGUCCCAAAAGGAUGAAAUAAACGAGGAUGGUGCUGGAGAAAAAUCCAAAGCCAAGAGCGUGUCUUUCAAUGUAGCCAACAAAAAAAAGGACUUCAAUGUAUCUGCUCUAAUUAAAACUAUGUCUGGGAUCGAUAUGGUGGAAGAGAAGCCAAAAAGCAACGGGAUCAGUAAGCGCUCCUUUGUCCGAAAUGGAAACAGAGUUCAGAGGCUUUCCAGCUCCAAGAAGGAGUCCUUUAAAAGACUCGGCCUGCUUUUCUCCAAGAUGAACGGACACGUACCUGAACCAAAUUCAGAACCCAUGUACACUAUUUCAGAUGGAAUUAUUCAGCCACACUACAUGUGGAAAGACAUUAAAUAUUCUCAGAUUGAUAAAGAGAAAGAAGAGAAUUGUUCCAAAAGUGAAAUUAACCUCAGUGAGGUGGACUACAGUGGGAACACAAGACUUACAGGACAAAGCAAGGAGUGCCCUGUGGUUUGUACCAGCUCCCUUCACUGUGCUUCCAGUAUUUGUUCCUCUAAUUCCAAGCUUAUAGACUCGUCAGAGGAUGUGUUUGAUUCAUGGGGAGAGGCUUGUGACUUGUUUAUAAACCAGUGGAAAGAUGGGCAGGAGGAUCACGUUACAACUCGGCUAUAA